AUGAUAAAAAAUAACGCAUUUGAUUCUAACCAGGGCUUCCCUGAUAACCGCCCCCGGCCCCGCAAUGUCUCCAGGGAGGAAGCCCUGCGGCUGGAAGGCUACAAACACGCCUGCCACGUGCUGUUUCAUGCGCCCACCAGUGCCAAGCUGUUUGAGAGGGUCCCUAUCAGACAUGUUCUGCUGAUGAUGAUGCGGUUUGAUGGACGUCUGGGAUUCCCUGGAGGGUUUGUAGAUGUUAAAGACUCUUCCCUGGAAGCCGGUUUGAACAGAGAGGUGGAAGAGGAGCUGGGGUGCUCGUCCAGUAAAUUUGAGGUCACAGAGAAGGAUUAUAGAAGUGCACAGGUUCGAGAGUUUCCACAAAAAUGUGUCACACAUUUCUACAUCAAGGAGUUGGAGCUGGAGGACAUGGACAAAAUUGAGUCCGAGUCUGUCAAUGCCAAGGACCAUGGAGUGGAGGUUAUGGGCCUUGUACGUGUUCCUCUCUACACCCUGCGUGAUGGAAUGGGAGGCCUUCCUGCAUUCCUGUGUAAUAACUUUAUUGGAAACUCUAAGAGUCAACUCUUAUACGCCAUUCGUAGCUUGCAUCUGCUGCGGGAGGACCAGAUCCAAGAGGCCUUGCGGGUCUGCCACGGAUCUCAGUACUGAUCUUUAGUAUUGGGUCUUAUACAGAUGUAAAGAAGACUGAUUUCCCUUUAACAAAAUAUGCCCAUGGCUUUCAUUAAUUGAACCGCAGGCUUAAAUUUGAUCUCCUUGUCCUCUCCAUACCAUGCAGCCACUUCAAAUGUAAUCAGUUGCUCUUUAAAUUCAAGACACUUAAUGGCUUUCAUAUCACUGGCACAUUAAAUGAGCAGUCUAGGCACUAUAACCACUUCAUGCAACGUAGGGGGCCAUUUGGCUGUAGCACCAUC